AUGAAGCUCAUCACGGGUAAGAAAUAUUUUUCAAGUUACCCCUUUAAAACAACAUCUAUAAUCAAUCAACUGCCGUCCAAAAUUGCAAGGAUGCUCCUGCGCCCAAGGAUGUCAGGUUCGACGGAUAGACUGCUUUUUACUAAUGAUUUCGAUAUUUUUUGUCGAUAUUAUAAAAUUAACUUGUUUUGUAUCACGUUUACAGCUGAGGACACCAACGUCCUGAAACCCUGCGUCUUCACCACCUAUUUGAGGGAAACCGUUUUAUAUCCGUUCCCUCAGGAGAAUGCCUGUGACACCUUGAAGAACGCCAGGUGUCCCUUGAAAUCCGGCCAAGACGUCACCUACCAACUGAGCAUGCCAAUUCUCGAGUAUUACCAGGAAUUCGGGAUUCCGGCCAGCGUCGAGUUUGCCUUCCUCGACGACAAGGACAAAGUCAUCCUGUGCUUCGCCUUUUCUGCUAAGGUCGUCGACCAGUAGAUAUACUUGUACACGGCAACUUUAAUGAUAUUAUUGUGUAACUAGAUUUAAUAGCAGUAGGUAUUUAUUUUCUCAUGAGAUUUGUGCG